AUGCCGGAUUGGGACAUAGUCGCGCUGCCCAGGGCUCCAUCCCCGUUCGCAGAUCUGAGUGAGCGGGAGAUGCACCUCGUCAAGGGCGUAUCCCAAGGCCAAACGCGCAUCGACCAGUUCCUCAUCGCGCCAAGCUUCCGCAUCUGCCACCACAAAGCCUUCGCGCGUCAACUCCACAACGCAACGUCGUGGGUGCAAGAUUCAUUGAUAGCCACCGCAGCCCUCCUAGCUUGCGAGUACGAGCCUGGCCCGAACCAUGAGAACCGAGUCAUUGGCCACAGGCGGGCUGCCGCUGCCGUUUCCACAUUGCGAUCUGUCAAAGCCGUUGACCCUGGAGACGUUCAGACUGUGUUGAUGCUUGCAGUGAGCGCCAUCACAUUUGCCCUGCACAUAUCCGGGAGCUCAUUGGAGAUCUGUCGACACACUCUCGACAUUAUCAAGCCCAUGUACGAAUCGACAGUGGAGCUCGGUCCGGACUGUCAGGCUUUCGUCAUCUGCCUCAUUCAAGCGGAGACUGAAGAGUGCAUCAUACGGGGCGAGGCUCCAACCCUGCGGCUCGAGGUCCACGAGGACGAUAACACUGUUGAUCGAUAUAUGGGAAUUGCCUGGCCUAUGCUACCGUACCUAUACGAUGUUUGCAAGAUCACGGACUCGCUACGCCAGAAUCCUAACCUCGAUCUAUCCGAGAUUGCGCAAGCCCUGAACGACAUCGAAGUCGCCGUCGAGGCCUGGACGCCAAUCCUGCCCGUUGAGCAAAUCAGCCGUUUUUUACAGGAAGAGGUGGCUAGCAUCAUGUCUCAAGCCAAACUAUAUCGCUGGUCGGUGCUGCUUAUUGUACAUCGACUGCGACAUCCAUAUGGCACGGCGUCAGCGAGAGGCACUGUCAUUUCAAAUGCUAUCUUCGAAGAGCUGCGGAUGAUACUCCAAAUCACCAAGCGCUCGGUUCCAGGCGCCAUUAUCCCAUAUGUAUUUGCUUGCUUCGAGCUGGUCGAUUCUGCUCAGCGCGAAAUGGCGCUCGACAAGAUCGACGUCGUCAUUGAGUUUUCGAAAGAAUUGCGAACAAAGGUCAAGAAGCAACUCAUGGCAUUCUGGGUCAUCAAAGAUAGUACGGCUCAAAUACAUUGGAGCGAGAUCGUUUCAUGGCUUCCUCAAUGA